AAAAUUCUUGAAUUGUUUUUCUGUCCUGCAAAUAUUUCUAGCUUCUCUUCUCUACUUCAUCAUUGUCUUAUGCUUUGCUAUUUAUAUAUUAGUUUUGUGCGUGCAAUAUUAUAUUCAUAAUUUUUCAGUUGCAGCUUAUUUUUGCAGCAAAGUAACAAUACUAAGAUUUGCUUGUAGCAAAAGUUACGACUCCGUGCAAUAAUAAAUAAAUUGAAUGAUGAAAUUAUUUGUGAAAUACAACACAUAAUCUAUUUAAAGCAUUUUGCGAUAUUUAGCCGCUUGUGCUGCAAACUGAACAACUGUGUAUGAUGUGCGCAUUGUCUGCGCAUCUUUAUCACAGAGCCAUGGGAGGAAUAGCGGAAUCAAUAUGAAAACAAACUCAUAAGGAAUUCUUUGAGAUGGGAAAAAUGUAUUUGUGUGAGAGUGCUUAAUGUCUGCAAUACCAUAAAAGAGAAGUUAUGUGGAUAAUUAAAAAAAAAAUUUGACAUUUUUUAAACUAUCUAAUUGUAACUGAUUAAUUGUUGACUUUAGAAAAAUUUUCGUGGUUCGCAACUGAUCGUUCAGUUUCUAAAAUGGAACCUCAAAUAUGUUUUAAAUGCAGUAAAUCAUUUCCUCAUAUUUCUGCUCUGGAAAAGCAUAUGUUGAUUCAUACAAGAGAAAAGCGCUAUGUUUGUGAAAUAUGUAACAAGAAAUACUUAUCGAAAAGGAGUUUGGAGAGGCAUUUACUGAAUCAUUCUGAUCAAAAGCCUCAUGUGUGCAAUGUAUGUAACAGAGGAUUUAGGUUGAAACAAACUUUGGCUUCGCAUUUACAUACUCAUUCCAAUGAAAGACCUUAUAAAUGUGAAGAGUGUGGCAAGGCAUUUUCUCAGAAGCAUUAUUUAAAAUCUCAUUCAUAUGUUCAUUCAAAGGAUAAGCCCCAUAUCUGUACUGUAUGUCAUAGAACAUUUACUCGCAGAAGUGACGUGACGGCUCAUAUGCUGACACAUACAGGUACAAAGAACCAUGCUUGUAAUGUUUGCAGUAAAAAAUUCUUACGGAAAGGUGAUUUGCUGAUACAUUUAAACACUCAUACUAAAGAAAAAUACCAUCUUUGUAAUAUAUGUGGAAAAAGCUUUACUCGAAAGGGAAGCCUCACAAGCCAUAUCCUCACUCAUACUAUGCAAGUCAAAUCCUUUGAAUGUGAAAUAUGCAAGCAAAGAUUUGCUCGGAAUUUUAGUUUACAAGUGCAUCUACGCACACAUACUAAUGAAAGGCCAUAUAUUUGUCAUUUGUGUAACAAAAGUUUUAUUCUGGCUCAUGGUUUACGUGUGCAUUUGCUUACGCAUAAAAAGAAACAACAAGCAUCAUCUCAAAAAUCUAAUGCAGAAGUCAAUGAGAAACCUUUUAUUUGCAGCAUUUGUGGAAAAUUCUUUAACCAGAAAGCUAAUUAUCGAUACCACCUGCGUACACAUAAAGAUGAAAAACCAGAUAUAUUUAUCGUCUAUAAAAGAUCGCCUAUAGAUAAAAGCUUGAUUCCUGCACAUAUUCUUGUUCGUUCGAAACAGCCCGACUGUCCUGAUAAAGUGAUUCCAUUUAAUAAUGCUUUAGGUCUACCUUUAUCAGUGUGAGUCAAAGAUAUAUACAUGUUAUAAAACUAUAUAUGCAAAAAUUUUAAAGUUAUGUAUAUUUAAUAAUUAUGAAGGAUUAUUUCACAGUCAUUUAGAUGCUGUUAUUUUCACCUAUAAAUAUUCUUACUUUUUCUGAAAUAUAUAUAUGACUUUUAAUUUUACUUCUAUGUACAUUGUUGAAAAUGUACAUAAAAUUGAAUAUGUAAAAGUAAUGAGA